AUGUAUGGAGGGGAGUACUUUUAACUAACUUCAGACAAGGAAAUACAGUAAAUUGAACAGUCUGUAUUCCUAACGUGCAAGAAUACCGAUUUUACGCACAAUUUGUAUUUGCCAACUCUUUUCAUCAGUUGUAGAAAUAUUCUCAGUCCAAAGCUUGACUGUCGAACUGUAGAGAAAUCCGGGGUUUCUUAGCGACCAGUAAAAUCCGCAACUUCCACUUACAUAGUUGCAUCGCAACCGUUUUAUCGAGACGUACGCCUAAUGAGAUAUCUUGUUGGAUUUGCGAAUCCUUACUUAACAUUUUAGUCAGUUAAAACUUGAAUACUCAAAAUGGAAAUGCCGACUGAAGUUGACGCGGAGCAAAUCAAGUCGUUUAGAGACUUCUUGACGUCGUAUAAUAAGCUAUCGGAAAUCUGUUUCAUCGACUGUAUAACCGAUUUUACAACACGAGACGUGAGAACCAAAGAGGAGAAAUGUGCGCUGAAUUGUAUGGAGAAAUAUAUGAAGAUGAAUCAGAGGGUCUCUCAACGUUUUCAAGAAUUUCAGAUGAUAGCCAAUGAAAAUGCCAUGGCAGCAGCUAAAAAAUUAGGCCAAUUACACUAAUAAUACUAUAUUUAUUGUUUUUGCUCACUUAGAAUCCUAUCAACAAUUACUCCCCAUGCUAAGCAAGCUAUAUGCUGUAUUAGUUAUAUGAACAACUUGUUACUAUAUGAAUAAACUAAUGCAUAAAUUUUA